UAAUGUUGAAUCGACACAUUUUCAUUUGGUUUAUGGUCGGUUUUCUAACGACAACGUUUGUUGAUCAUGCUGAUGGAUUACCUAGUUUCGGAUUAAAAAAUUUGAAUCCAAUGCAAUAUGAUGUAAUAAAACGACCUUUAAAAUGGUUCCAAUCACCUUCACCAAAAGAAAAUCUAAUUAAUACUCACAAUGUACCUGACGAGCCGUCCGGACUGGGUGAAAAUAAACCCGUUAAAACUAAUGUCAUAAUGGAAGGGUUCAAAGAAACUAACGAGCAACAGCAGCAAAAAACCUCAUAUUUCGGACUUAAUAAAUUAAAUCCUUUGCAGAAUGACAUUGUAAAAAAACAUCUACAAUGGUUUAAAUCAACGCCCCCUAAGGAAAAAACAGACGAUAAUUACGAAAAUCAGCAAAAACCGAGGGCACCGUUUGGUGUUCAAAGUUCACUCUCACCGUCUGGUACUGCAAAAAAAUGGUUCCAAACCACUUCACCGAAUACGGUGAUUAAUCCCAAAAUAUCGGACUCAAAAGCUCUUGAGCCAAGCCCGGAUCUUACAAGUCUAAAUCCGAUGGAGAAUAAUGUAGCAAAAAGGACGAUGAAUUGGUUUCAGUCGUCUCCAUCCAACGAAAAUGACCGACAUAUUUCAAAGAACCAGCAAGAACCCAGCGGAACACUUACCUUUAAAUUGAAUGACUCAAUGCAAUAUAAUUAUGUGAAAAAGUGUCUUGAAUCAACUCCGUCAAAAAUGCAACAAAAUAAAACGCUUGAAUUCGAUUUGAAUAAAUUGAAUCCAAUGCAGUAUGAACUGGUGACAAAGUCUUUGAAUUGGUUUCAAUCACCUGUUAUUCAAAAUGCUGCUGUUUCUUCCGAAAACCACAAACCAGGCGGAAUAUUGACGUUUAAAUUAAAACAUUUGAAUUCAAUACAAUACAAUUUCGUGGAAGACACGAUACAAUCGUUUGCAGCAUCUUUGAAUAAGGAAAAUGUAAAAUCGACGGAAACGGGUGGUUUGCCGACUUUCUCCAUCGAUAAAUUAAGCCCAACUCAGUAUGACCAUUUAAAGACGAUUUUGGGAUGGUUUCAUCCAAUCGAAAAUGGGGCUGACAAAGAACAACUGAACCUCUUUUCAACAAAAGAACCAGUAACUAAAGUGAUUCAUUCGGAUAUUUCAUCAAUUGAAAAGAAACAAUUUGAAAAGAAUGGACAGGAGCUACGACUGGCAAAUGUGGAUCUGAUGCCGGUUUUAAGUAAAUCACCCCAAAUGAAUUACGUAUUAAAUUCUGGAAUUAUGUCACAAUCUAAUUCAUUGGUUAAUGAAAAACAAGCUCAAAACAAUCGCGACUAUAAACCAGUAACGCAUGAAGGAAAUAAAGUGAAUGGAAAUGUCCGAGAAGCAAUUGAUUUUGAAAAAACACACAACAAACUUACACAAAAUAUAAAUGAUAACAUUCCAAAAACAACUAAGGAAAAUGUUUACACUUCGGGCAGACAAUUUGAAAUUCGACCUAAAACAGUGUUAAAUUCCAAAUUAUCGUCACCAUUUACUCAAACCAUCAAUGAGAGAAGACAUCACAACACAUCUAAUGAACAAAAAGAUCAUACGGUGAAUCCAAAAACAUCUCCAUCUCUUACGGUUUCUCCAAAGAUUGAUUCAAGUCAAUCAAGGUAUGAUGAAGUUGCGAUACCAUUGGACGGUAAAGUGCACAAAAUUCCAGUGACAAAUGUCGAUCAAGCCCGCAGAUCAUUUAAAAUGCAACCAGAUUCAGUGGAAAAUUUGAAAGAAAAAUUCCAAAAUCAGGCGCUUACCUCCGAAACUUCACCAUCAGUCACAUCAAAAAUUGACGUGAAUCAUUCGCAGGACAACGAAAUCGCGAUUCAAUUGGAUGGUAAAGUUCACAAAAUUCCAUUAACAAAUGUCCAUCAAGCUCGAAAGCAGUUUCACAUCCAACCAGACUCGGUGUCAAAUUUGAUGAAAGCAUCCCAAGUUCAUUCAAAAUCUUCACCAGUGGCUUUGUCAAAGAUUGACUUUGGUCAAUCGAAGAACAACGAACUCGCAAUAGAAGUGGAAGGUAAAGUUCACGCAAUUCCAGUAACAAAUGUCGAUCAAGCCCGCAAACAAUUUAAAAUGCAACCAGUAUUAAAUGUAAAGCCUCUCUCACCUGAUGUAAAAAGCAAUCAAAGUACGCGUAAUGAACAGACCUUCACCAAAUUAUCACAAGUCCAAAACUUGGGGUUGGAUUCGACAUAUUUUCCGUCGACUAAUUCAAUGAUUGAUUCGAAUCAAUCUCGAGAUGAUGAAGUAGCACAGAGAUUGGAUGGUAGAAUUUCAUUGACAAAAGCCCGUACAGCUGAUCGACAAGCUCAACCAGAUUCAGUGUUAAAUUCAACGGUUCGGUCUUUGCCAAACCCAGCCAUAGGCGAAAGCACAGUGACUGGACAUAUAUUGAAUGAAGACAACCCGAAUGGUUUGAAGAAAACAAAAGUAGAACAAGAAUUGAGUUCAAAAUCUUCAACGUUGCCCACUAAUUUAAAUCAAUUUCAAAUCACUGAAAUAGUGGACAAAGUCGAUGAAAAAAUCCACAAAACUCCAUUGACAAAUGUUCAUUCCUUUCAUAUAAGAAACAGAGAGUGUCAACCAGAUACAGUGUCAAAUAUCUUACCAGAGUCGACUCCACCGAUUGAUGAAAAAAGAUAUCGAAGCAGACGUAAUGAAGAAGCAUUAUUGAAUAAAUUAUCACAAGUUCAAGUAGAUCGUGCAGUAAGCUCCAAAAGGCCGACACCUACUUCAGAUUUAAAUCAGUGUGAAAAUGAGGGGCCAGUGGAAAAAAUAAUGAGCAAAAUAAAUGUUCAUCCGAAGCGGGAUUGUCAGGCUCAAACAGAAUCGGUGUUAACUUCUAAUGUGUCACAACCAUCAACGCUAACGAUUGAUGAAAAGAGGUAUCAAGGCACACGCCAUCCUAGAUCUACCGAAAUCCAAACAGAUCAAACUGUGAAUUCCGAAAAAUUGCCAUCAUCAACAUCGAAGACUGAUCAGGCAAAAAGAAACGAAAAGAAUAAAAUUCCAUUGAAAAAUGCCCAUUCCUUCCAUGUAUCGGAGAGAGAGACUCAAAUUCAAUCAGAUCCAAUGUUGAAUCCCGAGUCUUUGUCAUCGUCGAUAUCAGCUGAUGGCGAAAAGAAAUAUCACCGCGAAAGAUCACAGACAUUGAAUAAAGAAACCACAUGUGGAUCGAAUCAAGCAUCCAAAGCUCAAGGCAAUCAGAGCAUUUAUUCUUUGCCGUCUUCAAAAACCAAUUUGAAACUUCAAUAUAAAACUAACGAAGCACAACUUGAUGAUAAAAUACAUAAAAUCCCGUUAAAAACUGUUCAUUCUAUUCAUAUGCCAAAUAGGUAUGAUCAUGUGCAAGAGGAAUCAGUGUUAAAUCCGCCAUCGACUCCAACUAUUGACGAAAAUCGAUAUCAAAGCACACACGAGAAAACACCUCGAAUUCAAGUAGAUCCGGAGCUGAACUCCGAACAUUUUCCGGCAGCGACUUCAAAAACUGAUUUAAAUCAAUCCGAAAAUGACGAACCAAUCGAAGCACCCAAUAUGUACAAGACUCCAUUGAAAAGUGUUCAGCCUUUCCAUGAGUCGAGCAGAGAGUCUCAAAUUCAAACAGUUACAGUGCCAAACUCUAAGCAUAUUUCGCCUUCAAUUGUUGAUGAGAAGCAAUACGCUCGAAAUCAACCGAAAAUUGUAGAUAUAAAAAAUUCCAAAACUUCAUCAACUCCGGCUGAUAGAUAUAAAAUCAAACGCCGUUCGCUUUCAUUGAACAGAGAAUUACCAGAUCAGCUGACAAAUUCCAAAACUCAAACAACAUCAAUCGAUGUACAUCAAAACACUCAAAAAGAGUCAAGUGACAAUAAACUUCGAAAAACUCCAUCGUUUCGUCAAGCACGAAUAUUGAGCCGAUCAUCACGUAUAAAAUCGUUUGCGAGGUCAAGUUCCCACUCAGCACCAUCCUUCGAUGAAAAUCAUUCCCGAAGCAAUGACCCUGUGGAAACAAUGUAUGGUAAAAUACCAGGAAACAGACCUGAAACACACGUUUUAAGCAUAGAACCUCGUACCCAAACAGAGCACCUAUCAUCAUCUGAAAUCAAUAGAAAUAAAUCGGUAGACAAUGAUAUUCAAAAGGUGGAACCACGCCACCAUACAGAAACAUCAAUGAAUUCAUUGUCACCGCUUGAAAAGUCUGUGAAAAAUCCAAGUUUGCUUACGGUAAAAGAUAAAAUUUGGCUAAUUGAACAUGGUCAAUGGGGAUCAACGCGUGGUUUUGGUCCAAAUCCAAAUCACAACAAACAUUAUGUGGAACAUAAGCCAAAAAAUUACAAUCAAUCACGAUUGUCAACAAGAAGGCAUUCAAUUCAAUCGCAUCAAAGUUAGUAAUGAGUCAUCAAAUACAACGUAAUAGUUAUA